AUGGAUUUGAGCAACUGUACAAGACCGGCAUAUUUCCUCCUGGUUGGAUUGUCCACAUUUGGGGGAAUGGAAAGCAUGAUGUAUGCCAAUGUCUUUCUCCUCUACCUCCUGAGUCUGAUGGGCAACGGGCUCAUCAUUAUGAUGGUAAUCGUGGACCGCCAUCUCCAGAAACCUAUGUAUUUCUUCCUUAGCAACCUUUCUUUUAUAGACAUUGGACACACCACAUCCUUCAUACCCAAGCUGUUGCUCAAUUACCUCUCUGCUAGUAAUGCCAUCUGUUUUUAUUGCUGUGUGAUUCAGUUGUGCUUCUAUUUUCUUUUCGGGGUCACGGAAUUUUUCAUCAUCACUUUGAUCUCCUUGGACAGAUACGUAGCCAUUUGCCAUCCUUUGAGAUAUGCCACCAUCAUGACUUCGGGGGUCUGCCUCAAACUGGCAAUAGGAGCCUGGUUUGGAGGUUUUAUCUCCAUAGUUUAUCAAGUAGUGAUGAUCACCAAAUUACCCUACUGCACCUCCAACAUUAUCAAUCAUUUCUUUUGUGACGCUGGACCAGUGUUGAAGAUUGCAGGAGGAGAUACACAUGUUAUUGAAACCCUCGGUUUCCUAGUUUCUGUGGUGGUGAUAAUGUCCUCGUUGUUUUUCACCCUCAUUUCUUACCUCUUCAUCAUCUUCACCAUUCUUCAAAUGCCUACAACCUCCAGACAGCAGAGAGCUUUUUCUACCUGUGCUUCACAUCUGAUUGUAGUUUUCAUUUUGUAUGGCUCCGUCUUUUUUGUCUACCUAAGGCCAACAGUCAAGAACUCUUCCUUCAGGGUAAUGAAGGUUGUCUCCGUUGUCUACACGAUGAUCACUCCAGUGCUCAAUCCUUUCAUUUACACCAUUAGGAACAAGGAAGUGAAAGAGGCUGUUCAGAAAAUGAUAGGAAGAAAGAUUCCAGCUCUCCUCUGUGUUAGAAGGAACAAGAAUUGAUUCCAUUUUUAAAAUACAUAUAUUUUUAUUUUUUUUAGAAACAUAUCAAUCAAUGCAUGGACAGUGUGGCACCUGAGUGUCAUACAUUCUAAUACGAAUAAAGCUUUUAAUAAAGGGUGAUUUGAUUAAAAGUUAGAACAAAUGAUAGAAAUAAGAGAAGGGGGAAUAUUAGAGUACACACUUUUAUAUAAGUCGAUGCAGAUAGAGAUAAAGAUCCAAGAGAAGAAUAUGGGAGG